AUGAAUCUCUUCAGGCUUUUAGCCGAUUUCUCCCAUCUGGCCUCUAUCUUCGUUCUUCUGCAGAAGAUGAAGUCUACCAGUAGCUGCUCCGGUCUAUCUUUCAAGUCGCAAGUCCUCUACCUUCUGGUUUUUGUCACUCGCUAUCUUGAUUUGUUUUGGACUUUCUUCGAUUCGCUUUACCUCACGACCUUCAAGCUCCUCUUCAUUGGCUCCUCCGGCUACAUUAUCUACCUCAUGCUGAACGAUUACAAGCCCACCCAUGACCCGAACAUUGACACCUUCAAGGUUCAAUACCUUCUGGGAAUCAGCGCGAUCCUCGCGGUCCUUUUCCCGCACGACUAUCGGUUCUCCGAGAUUCUCUGGACCUUCUCGAUCUGGUUGGAAUCCGUCGCCAUCUUGCCGCAGCUCUUCAUGUUACAGCGGACGGGAGAAGCCGAUACAAUCACCACGCACUACUUAUUCGCCCUGGGUCUGUACCGGGCCCUCUAUAUCCCGAAUUGGAUGUACCGCUACUUCACCGAGGCUCACUUCCAACGAUCUUUCCAACCUGUCCCCAUCAUUGCUGGCAUCAUCCAGACCUUACUUUACUCGGAUUUCUUCUACAUCUACUACAACAAGGUGUUGAAAGGAAAGCGGUUCUCCCUUCCCGUCUAA